AUGGAAAUACUUGCCGGAGUUUAUGCGGGUGUACCUAUGCUUACUUCUCCCGUAGGCUUAGAUCAAUUUACAAGUAGAGCACUAAUUGUGGAUUGUUGGAAGAUUGGAAUGAAUGUAAUAAACGAAGUUGGAGCAGAAAAAAUUGUGAAAAGAGAAGAAGUUGCAUUGACUGUGAAGAAGUUCAUGGACAUCAGCGGAGACGAUGAAGAGAGUAAACUGAUGAUGGGUAGAGCAAAUGAACUCAAGAAAAGUUGCAGAAACGCAUUGGCAAAGGGCGGUUCGUCUACUGUCAACCUCGACGAUUUUAUUAGAAAUAUUCUGCAGCAGGUAACAAUGGAAAGCAGUAGAAUGACCAAGAGGCAGCAUGUGGUAGUGCUGCCGUAUCCAGGAAGAGGACACAUCAAUCCGGUGAUAAACUUCUGUAAGCUUCUGACCACCAAAUUCUUGGCUAUUGAUGAUUUAAGAAUCACAUUUGUUGUUACAGAGGAGUGGCUUGGUUUCAUUGAAUCAUCGGCUUCUGAGUCAAGAUUACCACCUCAGAUUCACCUUCGUUCAAUACCAAAUGUGAUACCUUCAGAAUUGGUCCGAGGAUUAGAUCUCGGUGGUUUCUUUGUAGCUGUACAAACAAAAAUGGAAGAUCCGUUCGAGGAGUUGCUGGACCAGUUAAUGAAAGAUGAUGAUCCGGCUAUGGUGGUCACCACUAUCAUAGCA